AAAAUCCAGCCGACUGAUAAAAAUCGAGCGGACACGUAACCAUCAUGUGUACGCCUCUAGAGAGGCCCCUUAUCCAUCCGUCUCCACCUCCACCGCUAUGUGCUCUCUCGUUCUCUGUCGAUCCAUCCAUCUCUCUCUCUCUCAUUCCUAUCCACGCGAGAGCUUCCCCGGAGCGUACCGGCACCAGCGCCCCAUCUAUCUCCAGCCCCUCCCCGCCGACGGUGGCCACCACCAAUGCGUCGUGGCCAGCCCGUUGCGUGCGCCCCCCUCCCCUCCGCCGGGCUGUCAGCCAACGGAGUGUCCCCUGGUGACAGAUCAGAUCCGGGGCAGCUGUCGCUCCUUCCCUUCCCGUGACUCCGGCGCGAUGUGCCCCCCUCUGAUCUCCAUGGGGACCUAUGCCGCCCAAAUUCGCCUCACAUGCAUGUCAUUCCGGUGUGCUGGCGGCGCGACCCAGCGCUGUUGGGCUACUUUUCGUCUCCGCCAACAUCCGCGGUGCCGGCUGGAUGUGCCAAACCUCCACCAUCAGGUGGAGAGUUUGAUCCCAAGCGGUGAUGAUUUUAUUUUUGCCUCCUCUGCCUCAGGCAGAGGAACGGAGAGUGGCGGCAAGGGCAGCCGCCGGCGCGAUGACGAGAACCCAGGGGUGGACACACGGGAGAUCGGGUGCUCGCGCGAAGCCUCCUGCAGCACGGUCGCCCACGAGCCCACCCGGAGCUGUCGCCCCCGCUGAAAUGUGCCGCCCCGCUGCCCGUGAAAUGCGCCGCCCCGCUGCACUGGAAAGGAAGCUGUCUGGAUAAAGAAAGGAUCGCGGGCUGAAUUCUUACGAACGUAGGGGCGUUUUUGUAAAAACGAAUCAUUUUUGCAGCUUCACUUAAACGGGGACCGCGGGUUGAAUUGUCAAAAACAGAAGUGCUUUUUUGCAAAAUUACAGACGACGUACGACCAGAA